AUGGAGAGGUCUAAUCAAGAGCCAUCUGACUCUCAAGAGAGGGCAGAAAAAAGGAUCAGUAAGUUUGCAUCUCGGAAACCUGCCCUGCAUUGGGAUAGGGAAUUUUUAAUGUCAUUUUUCAGGACGCCAGUGAAAUGUGAUACGGAAUUGGUAAUAUUAUUCUAUAUUUUAUCUGUGUCACUGGAUCCUUUGUUACUCUACAGUCUUAUCCUCAACGAUGACAGGAAGUGUGUCGUAGUGGACACAAAAUUGCAAAAAAUAGCUAUUGUUUUGCGAUCAUUGGCAGAUCUUUCCUACAUAUGGUCCAUUAUUCGUGAUAUUCGUGAUGAUGGUGGUAUUCUUGUUUUUAUUUUAGCGCUUAUGUUUGAUGGUCCAGUAGUUUUUCGGAGCAUCCCAAUAGCCAUUUUGGCUGUUCUUCCUGUUCCGCAAGUGGCAAUUUUAGUUUUCUUUCCAAGGCUGAGGGCCUCGAGAGCUGUGAACAGAAUGAGGAUUAUGAAUUCACUUAUUCUGUUGCAAUAUGUGCCACGAAUUUAUCCAAUAUACAGACACUGCAAAGAUCUUAACAAGAAUAAACUCGACAAUUAUAUUUCUGAUCAAAUAGAGCGUAAAACAUGGGUCCCAGGGCUUCUCAAUUUCAUCCUAUAUAUCAUUUCUAGUCAUGUAUUCGGAGCAUUUUGGUAUUUCUUUUCUAUUCAACGACAGAUAGCAUGUUGGGGGCAUGCUUGCCAAAGUGGAAAUGGAUGUGAGUUCCGUAUUUUUGAUUGUGAUGAUGGUACACUUAGAAAUGUCACGCUUCUAAAUGAUUUAUGCCCCAUAAAUCCAUCAAAUGCAAAAGUAUUCGAUUUCGGUAUAUAUCUUGAUGCUCUCCAGUCUGGCAUGUUGGGGUCAACAAAUUUUCCGCAAAAGGUCUUGCAGUGUUUCUCUUGGGGCAUACGAAAUCUAAGUUCUUUUGGUUCGAACCUCAAGACCAGUAUGAACGCAUGGGAAACCCUCUUUGUGGUUUUUAUUUCUAUAAGUGGCCUGCUACUGUUUAUAUAUCUCCUUGGACAUUUGCAGACAUUUAUGCAGGCGACUAACAAGGAAUAUUGGAUUCGGCGGAAGAUGCGGAAGAUAAAUUCAGAAAUAAAACGAAUGUCAGUUGAAUAUGGCCUCCCUAAUGCAUCCAGCGAUAUCCAUAAAAUAGUACGAAGACAAAUUCGACGAGAGGAAGAUCUUGCUGUGAAGAAUAUAUUCUCUAUUCUUCCCUCAGAAGUUCAGGAUAUUAUCAAGCGCCAUCUCUUAUUGCCUAAACUAAAGGAAGUGCCAACGCUUCAAGGUAUGGCCCAUGAGCUGUUGGAUGCAAUCUUGGAGGAUCUUGAGCGAGUAACGUAUGACGGAGGCAACUGUAUUAUUCGAGAGGGGGAGCCACUUGAUAUGAUGAUCUUCAUCUCACGGGGGCAGGGUUCUUACCUACAACGCUACUAG